AAAAAGUUGAAAGGAUAAGUCACGUGCGAGGCACGGUACGCUAAGGGUUACUAUAUAAUCUACUUCGAUUACCUUCUGUAUUCCCCUCUUGUUUGGUUUCCUCUGGUUCGGCGUUCUGGUCUUCCGUCCGAUUCGAGGGGAUACUACGGUUUAAAUUGAGAUGUCGCUGAGUAACACUGUUGCUACUCCAAUCACAUUGCCGCCUACAGUUCGAUUUGAGGAUCAGUUCCUAAAGAUUAGGAAGAAUGUUCUAUUCAGACCAAUGGGCCUGACGCCCCUUCGAAUGCAAUUUCAGUCUGUUGGAGGACGAAUCAUAACUUAUACUCCCCGAGUCAAGCACUCUUCUGUAAUAUGUGCUGCUGCUCUGAGUGCUACCUGUGCCGCAGAGCAAACCCAAACAGUAACACGGCAAUCAUCUACAAUUACUGUGGCGCCUAUUGAAGGAAAGGAAAAGUCCCCGGAACUUGAUGAUGGUGGAUCAGGUUUUCCUCCACGUGAUGAUGACGAUGGUGGCGGCGGAGGUGGCGGCGGUGGUGGCCACUGGUCUGGUGGGUUCUUCUUCUUUGGUUUCCUUGCUUUCCUGGGUUUCCUAAAGGAUCAAGAGAGUGAGGGGCCAUACCGGGACGGAAGGCGCAGGCGAUAAGAGUUUGGAUGAUUGUCCUUGGGCUUUCUGUGUGUGAUCUUCUUUGGCUGCUGCUGCAAUACAGAAUUUUAUGGAGAUUCAUUAUUUGAUCUGAACGCAAGUUUACACUUUUCUUGUGCUAGUUAUACCUCCUUGAUACAUCUGUCCAUCGCGAAACUAGUCAUCUUCAUUCAUAAAGAUAGUGUGGCUAUCCAUUUCUGGGUUGCAUCAUCAA